CUAUAUACUAUGUUAUGACCAUAUGAGAUAGAAGACUCCUCUUCCAGCUUCAGACUCGCAUGCGCAGCGAGUAGAACUUGCUCGAACAUGCUUCGAUGCAUUGCUUUCUACUUCGAGUGAAGGUAAUGGUCGACUCGGCAAUGUGGCUGUUGCAAGUCUUCUGCAGCGGUGCUCUCAGGUCAUGAAUGAUUUCGUACACGAUUGGAACGGAAUCGGAGAUUUGCGACUACCACGCGGUCGAAUAGCUGAAAUAACUUCAGCUCUUCAGGCAGUUGAUUCGCUUAUUGGACGACUUGCCAGGGAGCCAACACAGUCAGAGCUAUAUUCCCAGCUAGUUUCGCUCUAUCCCAGUGUUGUGAAUGUCGUGGGUUGCACUCGUUCUGAUCCAAUGUUGGAGUCACAGCUGAUUGCUACUCUUAAAUCGUAUCAGACUUUGUUGCUUUUAAAAAUUGUCCCUAAACUUGCAAAGGAGAGCUGA